CCUUCAGCUAGAUGAGUCCACUAAAACAUAUGGUCAGCAUCCAAUGUCGAAAACUUACAGAGCUAUUUAUUUUAGGGAUUUAUUUACCGCUACAACACGUCUACUUUCUGGAUGUUAGCCCAAUUUCGUUCAUAGAUUUGCUAAUUGAUGUGAAAUAACAACAAAUUACCCCAUAUAUUUUACUAUAUUCUCCAUAAUUGUUUACACGAACUAUGAUGUGUUUAUCACAUACUGAUUGGAGAGACUCAAUGGUUUAUUUUAAUAUUUACUUAUUAAAUGUGUACUUUAUCGUUCAUUCCAUUUUCUGAAUAUUUUCCAAAGUAAAAAAGUCUUUUUCUGACCAACUGUUACUUACUCAUAUAAUUUUUUUAAAAUAAAGCAAAUAAUAUUCGUAAAAUAUACAGCAACCUCAUUAUCGAGUAUAACGUACACUUAGAUUACGAGAUAAUGAUAUUGAUGAUGUCACAGGUAUUCAGUGUUUGACAACGCUUCUACCAGUAACACCUUCUAAUAUAUUUCGUUCCCACCCAGAGAAAUCAAAAGACAGAGUCGAGGAGAUCGGAAGAGUAUAUUUGGCGAUGACCAAUAUAUCGGAAUUCUCUGAUCUAAUCUGGCUAGCGAUUGCGGUUGAUGUUGAGCACGGCGUUACCACAAGUGAUCUGGUGCGGAUGCCUGACCGAGCGCCUUCAGCUAGAUGAGUCCACUAAAACAUAUGGUCAGCAUCCAAUGUCGAAAACUUACAGUGCUAUUUAUUUUAGGGAUUUAUUUACCGCUACAAUAUAACAGAUAACAUCCGUAAGAGUUCUAGUCUAUAGUGAGUCCUUUGUCAAUAUUUGAUUUUAUGGGACCUAAUGUUACACAUUUUUAUUUAAAAUGUAUCAUUCUGCCUAUUAUUCAUUUAGUUGUAGGAAUAUCAUUUUGAUAUCGAAAUGGAGCACUGACCGUAUUCACCUUUGUUUCUUAAUUCUCUCUGUUUAGUGAAAGCUAAAUUACAGUCUAUUUGUAAGUUUAAUAUCUUUAAGAAUUCUCGAUAAGUAAUGGAACAAAGUUCGGAAGAUACCUGGGAUUCAUAUCUGGAGAUGGGUAUUAAGAAAAGUGAAAAUAUGAUAAUAUUGUAAGAGUUUGAUCCAUGUACACACAUUUAAUUUUGUAACAGCCACAAACUUCAAUAGUAUUGAAACUUAAUUCCAGUAUUUUAUCAUUUCUAAUAGUUAACAGACAAAGUAUGUUGACUGUCAUAAUAAAUAUAAUCUCUGGUUAGUCUGCAUUCAAUGACUAAAGAAACUACUAACUAAAACACUUCAAACUGACAAGGAAAUUACAAAUUAUGUUCUACAAGGCAAUACACAUUUUUCUGUUAUAUUUCUCAUAUUUGUCCCUGUGAAAAAAACAUUUGACCGAAAAAUCAACUUAAUUAAGGUUGGUGGCACGACACAUUGUGAUACUAUUGAACAAUAAAGGCUGAAAAACUACAUUGAAUUUAUUUAGCAUGUGUGUAUUUAAGUAAUUUCAUAGACUUUCCUGAAAUUAUUAUUACAUACUAUAUCAAUUUAGAAUCAAUGCAAAAUAUAAUGUGUUGAGAAUCAGUAUUUUAACACUUAUACAAUGUGUUGGAAUACAGUAUUAUUGAUAAUGACAAAAAGACGACCAUACUCAUUAGGAAUCUUUACACCACAGUAGUAACUACAUAUCAACUGCAUAAAAGUUAAGUAGAACCUUUGCUCGACGAGAUAGAAAGACACGAAACACGAAUAGACAUCUAAGGAAUAGCAUUACCGCUUGAAAAUUCGUUGGCGGCCAUAAAAAUCAGAAUAUUAAGUAAAGAAAUUUAAUAAUAAACACAUUAUUUGCAUAUUUUACUUAAUUGUAGAUCAUUGAUUUUUAAGUCUUUCAUCUCUUAUGCCUGAAAGCUACAAACAAAAUAAAAACAUUACGAAUGAAUUUCGUUCCCAAGAUACGUUGCUGAUGAGCAAACAGCGAGACUUAAUAGUUAACAUUUAUUUAGACUUAUUGUGAGAUAUUGUUUGUUUACUUUCUGCCUAUUUACGCCUGUUACUCCUCGUGGAGGAGCAUAAGACGUCCAUCAGGAUCCUCCAACAUACUCUGUCAUCGGCUGUCCUUCCCAGUUGUUCCCAGUUGCCAUCCAUUCUAUUGAUGGCUGCCUCCGAUUCUCGAUGCAACGUGUUCCUCGGUCUCCCUUCUUUCCUCUUCCAGUCAGCAUUCCAUAUUGUGGAUCACCUCGUGAACACGUUUCAUGAUGUCUGCAAAGUAUAUUCUAUUUCCUCUUCAGUUAGAAGCUGAUUUGUUCUCUACCACAGUGGACUGUUGCUGAUCGUAUGCGGUCAAUGGAUAUUGAGUAUCUUGCGUAGACAACUGUUUAUCAAUACCUGUACAUGUUUGAUGAUGGUUGUUGUAGUUCUGUAAUUUUCAGCCCUGUACAGUAGAACUGUCUUGGCGUUUGUAUCGAAGAUUCUGACUUCUACGUUGGCUGAUAGUUGUUUUGAGUUCUAUAUGUUCUUCUCUCGUAUGAAUGCUGUCCUCAUGCCUUAACAUCUGUAUCCCAUCAUCCUUGUUCAUCAAUGAUGAAAGCCAGAUACUUGGAAGCUUCCACCUCUUCCAGAGCUUCUCCAUCAAGUAUGAUUGAGUUGGUGUUCUCCGUGUUGUAUUCGAGGAUCUUGCCUUUUCCCUUGUGUAUGUUGACUCCCACUGCUUGUGAGUCUGCUGUUACACUGACUAUCUUCACCUGCAUUUGUUGUUGUGUAUGGUAUAGAAGAGUCGGGUUAUCUGCGAAGUUCAAAGAACAGUAAAUCGCUCAUUGAUAAUCUAUAGAUCAAAGCGAAGCUUAUAAUCAGGGGAAUGUUGAUAUACAUAAUCUAAUUACUGAAUAGUUGUACCAUAAGAAUAUAUAGAUAAUAUUAGUCCAUCAAUAGGCCUCAGAAGCUACUCGCAAUUUAAUUUUUGCUAGGAUAUAACACUGUGGACAACAUUAAUGCAACUUCUUGUGUGUCAAGUAUGUUUUUCUUUAUGAUCAAAGUACAGCAACGUCUCUACCGAAGCUAAUCUUUUCUGUCCAGCUUAGGUCCAAUGGGUUUUACUUGUUCCGAGAACCUGCAGGUUGUUUCUCCUCGUUUCUUCAGCUAUUUGAUUGGUCCUCUCUGUCUCCCACAUUAUCCUGACAUUCCAUGUACCUAUAUUAUUCGUUGCUCUGAUUGUUAGAAGGGGUAUCGUCGUCGUGAAGAAUCUUGGUUUUCGCCAUAAAACAUCGUAAUUCUUCUACAGGAAGAUCCGUCAACUCCCAGGACAGAGUUUAAAUGGUAUAAGUGAUUUUUUCUGGAUGGUGUUUUUUACGGGAUGAAGUUGCAGACCCCCUGCCAAACCUUCCUCCUUUAUCCUAACUUGGGACUGGCAUUUACCUCCGAAGGUCUACAGAUGGAGUUAAUGAGCAAUUAUAUUCGGAAUUAAAACUUGAAGUAUUGUCAAUUUAAAUUAUUGUUGUAUCAUAAAACACUUCACUGUGUAUCAUUAUCACAUAUAUGUAUGUGUCUUUCUGAUGUAUAUAAACAAAUACAAUGGUAGAAAUGAAAGGAAAAUUUGUAAAUUCAAUGGGUCCAUUUGAUAUUUGUCAAAAAUUACAUCAACAGCAAAGAACUAAACAAAAUGAUUGUGGUUUUUAUUAGAAUGUGAAUCACAUAGUCAAAUAGUGCACAAAUGUGUAUUACGUGCUGUCUCAACAAAAAUUGAUCAAUUCUGUAUGGCAGAAGAAGAAAAUGUAGAAUGUUCAACUGAUAAUAUUAAUAUAAAUUGUUAUGAUAACAUUAAUAAUAAUAAUAAUAAUAAUAAUAAUCACGUUAGUAACACAGUAAAACAAUCAAAGAAUUCAUUUUAUUUAGGUCGUAUAUCUGCGAAAACAUUGGAUACUUUUGUAAAAUAUAUUUAUCAAUCAGAGAUUACAAUUGAUGAUCUAACUGUAAUUGAAUUGUACAAUGUUGGUGUUUUAUUAAACAUACAAUUUAUUCAAGAUGCAUGUAUUAACUAUUUGAAAACAAGUUUAAAUGAGAAUAAUUGUUUAAUAUUCAUGAGACAAAAUAAUAAUGUAAAUAAUUGUGAAGUAAAUCAAUUAACUAAUGAAUGUAUUAAACAUGCAGCAAAACAUUUUGACAAAAUGUUAGAUAAUCAUGAGACUAUGAACAUUGAACCUAAAGAACUAUUAGCAAUACUAGAACAAGAUGACUUCAAAGUUCAAGAUGAAUGGAAACUUCUGGAAUUUAUACAUAUAUGGAUUAAAAAGGAUUAUGACAAUCGUCACACAUAUAAAGAACAACUAUGUGAGCAUAUACGUUUUCAAUUGAUAGACACAAUGAAGUUACUUGAUAUAUUAGAAAAUCAAGAGAUGAAUAUAUUUCAUUCAUAUGUAAAAAACGCGCUUAUUGAUUUAGGUCAGUUAUCAAGGUCAGUAGCAAUAGCCAAAUGGAAUCGUAAAUCAAAUCAUUCUAUAGACAAAGAGUUGACGUUGACUAAUUUACCGGUAUGCGAUUUGAAUAGUGACUCGCCAAAACAAACUACAGAAAAUACAUCUUUGAUAUGCUUUGGAGGACGAUUAUGUAACAAAAGUUUCUCAUCAAAUAUAACAUGUUAUAAAAUUUUUGAAAUGAAAUCAUUUAUUAAUCAGGAUGAAAAUUUGUGCAAAAAUUAUAAUAUUGAUGAAAAUUAUUCAAAUAAUAAUUAUAUGGAAUCAUGUACAUUUCCUUAUUUAAAACAAAUAAUUUUACCAAAUUUAAAAACUAUGCCUUCUUUAAGAAAAGGUUUUGGGGCUAUCAAUUUAAAUGAUAAAAUUUAUCUUGUUGGUGGAAAACCCAAAUGUUCAAUGAAAACAUCUAAUAUUUACGAUAUUUCAUUAGGUUUAUGGUCUAGUGGACCAAAUUUAAAUAUUGGACGAAGUUGGUAUUCAAUUACGGAAUGUGAUGGUGUGAUGUAUGCUAUAGGAGGUGUCGGAGAAGACGAUCAAAAUUUAUCAUCCGUUGAGAUGUUGGACCCACGAGUAAAUAAGUGGGAAUCAUGUUCGUCAAUGUUGAGACCACGAUUUGGUUGUAGCGUUUGCUCUACCAAUAAUGAAAUUAUAGUUGUUGGUGGGGUCAGCGAUUCAACUAUCGAGAUGUAUGAUAUUACGUCAGGAAAAUGGCAGUUUUUAGCGAAAAUGACUGAAGUACGUGAAGCUUCAAGUGUUUUUAUUCAUAAUGAUUGUGUAUACGUAUGCGGUGGAGCUAAUGAAACUGGUUGUGUAAAUACCACAGAUAUAUUUUCGUUGAAAACUACAAUUUGGAGUAAAGGCAAACCAAUGAUUUUACAUCGGGCAUUUGCUGCUACACGUAUAUGGAAUGAUUAUAUCUUUUUAAUUGGUGGUCGUAACAAUAUGGAACCAUCAAAUUUAAUUCAAACUUACAAUUUAAAAACAAAUGAAUGGGCGGUUUUACCACAAACAUUACCAUAUCUUGUUUCAAAUUGUUGUGCUAUAACCACCAGUUUAUUAUAAACCAUAAAUUUUUUGAAUGUUUAAAGUUCAGAAAAUGAACUGAAACUUUAUUAUUAAUGUGUAAUUUUGUAUUUAAAAAAAGACAAAAAUUUAACUCUGUAUUCAUAUCUAGUUGUAAUAUAAUUUUCAAUAAUUAAUAUGGUUACACAUUACCCAUACUGAAAGGGGGGGUGAGCGUUUCAUCAGUAUCAUGUAGUAAUGAGUAUCGAUUUUCACUAUGUCAUAUGAUUGGCUGACUGACAAAUAUGUAAUGAAGAAGAAAUAAUUUCAUGCCAAAUUAAUGGUGUUUCAUGGAUAGCUGAAGGAUCUAAUGGUUGAACGUUUAAUUUAUUAGAAAUGUUUGGAGUCGCUACAAAUCACUAUCUAUUAGACUGUCUUAGAAUGACUGAUGUCUACUGUCGACUGAUAUCAGUGAUUAAAAUAAUAUAUUUCAUUUAUGUGUGUAUAUGAUAAAGCUUGUAAUGGCUGGUACUAUGUCAAGCACACAUAGGUUAUUUUGGCUUCUGUCCAGACCAAUUUAUUCAUUCUUCUCAAGCUAUAUUUUGACAUCGUCAAUAAUUCACUUAUUAGCCUUGAAUUUUUAUAUGAUCGUAUGUCUUUAAUUGCUCAGCCUAUUCAUUAUGUGUUUGCAUAUAUAUAUGUGUUUGAAUAUAAAUAUUGUCACGCUUUAUCAAAACGAGUUGGUUCAUUCGCAUUCUCCAACGCGCGUAAUUUCGUUCAGUUUCUCUGAUUGUCUUUCUGGAUUGAUUAGUGUAUGACAUAUGUACGUAUUGGAAGUCCAUUCUCGUAUUUGAAUUAUUUAAUCCCAUUAUUAACCAACGUGAUUUAAGUGGAUGAUUAUAUACAACGGUAGCCAGG